UUAAAUUCAUUUGAUUGUGUGAAAAACUAUCAAAAAGCUCUUUUUUAUUAGUAAGAGAUGAAGGAAACUUAAAAAGUGAACGUGUUAGAUUUGCCAAAUCAAUAGGAAAGAAAUGACGGAAUAUAUGAAGAGUUUUGGAAAGUUAGAGACCCUUAGGUCUUUGCAAAAAAAAUACUAAACCAAAGAGCAGCCAGAAAAUAUUUUAGGAGCGAAGGAUUGUAUAAAGAUCUAUUUUGUAAAACAAAUGAGAGUGUAAAAAUAGAUUUUAGGUCCAAAGACAAAGAUAGAAAAAUCAUUAUUAAGCAAGCAAAGAAUAUGAAUAUUUUUACGAUAUUUGCUUAGAAUGACAUGAAGAAAUUAAAAUAAAAAUAAAUGUGCAAAUACAUUAGAGCUAUAAUUAGCCUAAAAAAGGAAAACAUUUCUAAAGAAGAGUCGAAGCAAAUUUGGAUGCAGUGUUCGGGAUCUCUUGAUAUGAAUAGGCAAAAUUAGUAGUAUUACAAGAAGAUAUUAUAGUAGUAAUACUAUGAUGUUUCAGAGCAUUAAAUUGAUUAAGAUAUGAAAAGGAGCAGGGAACUUGUAGCUGAAGAUUCUUAGUUGUAAGCAAUGAAGAGAAUAUUUAUUGCAUAUGCUAGAAGAAAUGCAUGUAUUGGUUAUUGCUAAGGUCUGAAUUACAUUGUCGCUAAAUUUCUUAGAUUCGGCAUUUCCGAAGAAGAGUCUUUUUGGCUUCUGGUGCAACUCUUAGAAAAUAUUUUGCCCCUUGAUUAUUACCCAAGCAUGAUGAUGGGAGUAGUGUGCGAUUAGAAGAUUUUUGAGUAAAUUCUUAAAGUUGAAAAUGAAAAAGUUUAUAAAAAGCUGAAUAGCUUUGAAGCAAAUGUUCUAAAUAUCUUGCUUACUUAGUGGAUAGUUUGUCUUUUCACACAAGCUUUAGACGAUAGUCUGCUGUUAGUUAUAUUUAAUCAUUUGUUUACAAAGGGCUCUAUCAUAAUCUUUAAGGUUUGUCUUGUGCUUAUAAAUUACUGUGAAAAAGAAAUUCUCAAGUCAGAAGGAUUGGAAGUGGUUAAAAAAGUAGAAAAUAAACUCAAAGAUUGGAAAGAUGCUAAGAAAUUCUCAUCAAAAUUAGAAAAAAUUUAUAUAAAUGAAAAGGGAAUAAACUUUAUGAGAGAAUUUUACAAAUAAAUUUGUUUAAUUUAAUUAAAAUAAAAAUCUAUGAAUAGAAGAUAUUAACCUAAAUAAAUUGAUUUUAGCAAAAUUGAAUGCAACUAAGAUUAUCCAACAUGUAAGCAUCUGAUUGAAAAAGAAAAUACUCGAGACAAUAACCAGCCACCAGAGUAUUUUAUAUUUAAAUCCACUAGGAAUUUUUAGUUUGUGUGGGAUUAUUUCUAAAAUUCUAAAAACGGAGAUAAGAGAAAUGUAGGAAUCAAUGAAGAUGAAGAUAUAAUGCAGACUCUACAUGAUCAUAUAUGUCCGAAAAAGUAACUCAAUAACAAAAGUUCAAUUAAAAUAUAAGAACAAAAUUCGGAAAUAAUAAAUUUAUAAAUUUAAGAUUAAAAAGAAAUAACUAUAAAAAAUGAGUAAGAAUAAUAAUAAAAUGAAGUAAUUUAAAUUAAAUAACAAAAUAAUAAUUAACAAUUAUAAUAACAAAUUUAAAAUCUAUAAAAAAUUGAAAAUUAAAAUGUAAAUUAGUCAGCUCAAAAUUAAGAAAUAUUUUUGUAAUAAAUUGAAAAUUAAGAAAAUAAAAUAUAAUAAAUUUAAAAUAAAGAAAUAAAUCAUUAAUAAAUUGAAAAAUAAUAACAAUAAUAUGAUAAUUAGAAUGAAAAUGGAUUUUAGAAAUUGCAAACUGAAAAUGAGUAAUAAAACGAGAUAUAAUAAAAUUAAAAUAUAUUAACAGAAACAAAGUAAAUUUAAAUUGUGGGUGUAUAAAAUUAAAAUAUAUUAACUGAAUCAGAGUAAAUUUAAAUAGUGAAUGAGUAGUUAAAACAUAUCAAGCUUGAUCAAUCGGUAGUGUAAGAUUAUAAUAAUUAAAGUAAAAUACAAAAUGAGGUCUAAAUAAAUGAAAAUCAGUAAACAUAACAAGAACAUUAAAAUGAACAAUAAGGAUCAACUCUUAAAUACAAGAAUUAUUAACCAAUUUUAGCAAAUAUUGAUGAAGAGACUAAAGUUUAGUAAAUUGAAAGUGAAGAAAUAUGCGAUAGAACAAAUAAAUUAGAUAGAUCAUAAAAUACGAGCUAAGUUUACAGUGUCAUCUUAUAAGAAUAAAGUUAUGAUUUUAACAACACUACUCGUUACAAUAUUGACCCAUGUAGAUAUUCCAGUGACUCUAGUGUAGAACCUUAAUUGUAUUUUAAAAAAGAAGAACUAGAUAAUUCUAAUUCAAUAAGAUUUUUUUCUGAUAUUACAAGAUAAAAAAACAAGUUCAAUUACUUAAUAAAUAAUCCAAGCAAAAACUAAACAAAUAAUUAUAAUUUCUCAGAGAUAUCAAAAGUAAUAAAAGAGAUAUAAGAAGAAGCUUGA